UAGAUUUCCGUCGCUUAAAAUGGAACCUCCAGCAGCAGCAGAAUUAGCAGAGCUGGAGCGAGUCCAGACCUUAAUUCUACACCGAAUUUCAAACAUUGAGCGCUCUCUGCUGCCUCACCAAAACAGUGUCACUCGCAAUGCUAGCUCCGAUAUUACCUCCGUUUACGGAGAGGACGACACUGAUACUGAAGCUCGCCUUUCCGCCAUUAUUAAUUCUAACGGCGUUAAUGACUUCGCAUUCAAAAGAGUUCCCUCUGAUUACUACGAUUGCCCUCUUGAAGAACGGCGUGACGUUUUAUCUGCUGCCUCUGUUGAUCACCUGUGCAAGAGCAUCGUCUUGGUUAACACACAGGCCCCGUCCAAUGUAAUUGAUUGUAGCGAUCGCAAUAAUUCGAAGUAUUAUGUUGUUGUUGUUCAGUAUACUGCUCGGUUUAAUGCUGAAACUGUUAAAAACUAUCUUUAUGCACUCAAUGACGGCAAGAUAGCUAAAAAGAAAUUCAACAUGAGGCUUGCUCCUGAGGAGACAUCUAUACAGCUGACUGGAUUUGAGCACAAUGCAGUGACAUGUAUUGGGAUGAAAACUGACAUUCCGGUUAUUUUAGAUGAAGCAAUUGCGAAGCUUAAUCCAGAUUUCUUCUGGUUGGGUGGUGGAGAGGUUGAUCUGAAGCUUGGCAUAAGAACCUCAGAAUUUAUUAAGAUCGCUAAACCUCUCAUUUUCAGCUGUAGUGGGACAUGCUAAACCCAAAAGAAACCAUUGCUGGAAUAACGGAAAAAUGACGAAUGGGGCGGGACCCAGAAGUUAGGGAACUGACAUAUCCUUCAAAUUAUUCUAUGGAGGAUUCAGGCUUUCAAUUUUCAAGUUGGUAAUCUUCAGAGAUGCGUCUCUUCGUUUGGUGCUUUCUGAGGCAUUAAAUUGGAAGAGUUGCAUUGGAUAUUUAUAGCAGGAAAAGGCAACUGCAAUUAGGGGUGUGCAAAAACCAAUCCAAACCGAACCAAAAUAAUGGUUUGGUUCGGUUUGGCAUUAUAAGAAAAAUUUCAGCUUUUUGGUUUGGUUUUGGAAGUAAAAGAGUUUCAGCUCACUUUUGAUCCAAACAGAACCAAAAACUAAAUUGAAUUGAAUGGUUUGGUUGGAUUCAAUUUGACUUGAAAUAUUUGAAAUUCGGUUCGGUUCAGUUUGAACCGAACUCAAAGCCCUAACUGCAAUACAUUGAACUAUAGGUAGACAUGUACUAAUUUAUGUCAUAAGUGAACUAGUUGAUAUGCAACAGUUAUCCAUCAUAUUGCAUAUGGAAUGAAUUUAAUGACUACAGUUUACUGAUGAA